AUGUGGGCACAGCUAGCUUUGGAGGAAAUUCAACUUCAUUUGGUCCCAUUCUGGGUCCAAAUCAGGGGUGUACCCUUGUAUCUGACCACAGAAGAAAAUGCAAGAAGGCUGGCAAGGGCGAUUGGUGAACUAAUGGAGGUGGAAAAUCUAUCAAUUGCUAGGGGAUUUAUGCGAGUUAGAGUUAUGGUGAAUACUAGAAAUCCUUUGAUUCCAGGUUGUUGGCUACCUCAGUCUAAUGACAGAGAUACAUGGGUCGAAUUUCAAUAUGAAAAACUUCAAGAUUUUUGUUAUAAUUGUGGUAGGAUUAGGCAUGUAAAUUCUGAAUGUGCUUUCAGACCAAAUGGAAGUGGAGCUGCAGGAUAUGGGGAAUGGAUGAAGACUGCGGCGGUUCGAGAUAUACAGGAAAUCAGUAGACCAGUGGUGAGCUUUCAAGGAGAGAGAAGACUUGCAGGGACAAAUAGGGAGGCCAGAAGGGGAGAACAGGAGAGGCGAGUGGAUGAGGAAAAUUUGCAGAAGGUUCCUGUACAACAAGAGGGGGUACGAGCUUAUCUUGAUGUGGCAGCUAAUGCAGAAGGAGUGGAGAUACAAGUUAGAAGUGAAGGCGAUGGUGGCUGGCUUCAAACAGCCACAAUGUCGCCAUGA